ACACAGUGCCAAGAGAAGGAGGAACACGACUACUCUGGAGCUCUCACGGUGGCAAGUUGCCCAUUUUAUACCAACCUAUUGCUGAUAGUUUCACUACGAUUGCCUUGGUUUGGAGUGGUGCAAUUGUUACAACUGUGGGGAAUUUUUUGUGUUGAUUGUUGACCAUGGGUGACUGGAGUUUCUUGGGCAACAUCCUUGAGGAAGUCAAUGAGCACUCGACGGUUAUCGGUAGGGUGUGGCUGACUGUGCUCUUUAUCUUUCGCAUUCUGAUCCUCGGCACUGCGGCAGAGUUCGUAUGGGGCGACGAGCAGUCGGAUUACGUCUGCAACACACAGCAGCCCGGUUGCGAGAACGUCUGCUAUGAUGAGGCCUUCCCCAUUUCACACAUACGCCUGUGGGUUCUGCAGAUCAUCUUUGUCUCCACGCCGUCACUGGUGUAUGUGGGCCACGCAGUGCACCAUGUUCACAUGGAAGAGAAACGUAAGGAACGUGAGGAGGCAGAGCUGAGCCGGCAACAGGAGACAGGUGAAGAGCGGCUGCCAGUUGCUCCUGACCAGGGUAGUGUCCGUACAGCCAAAGAGACCAGCACCAAAGGCAGCAAGAAGUUCCGCUUGGAAGGCACACUGCUCAGAACCUACAUCUGCCACAUCAUCUUCAAAACAUUCUUUGAGGUAGGGUUUGUCGUGGGCCAAUACUUCCUGUAUGGCUUUCGCAUCCUGCCUCUGUACAAGUGCAGCCGCUGGCCCUGCCCCAACACAGUCGACUGCUUCGUGUCAAGGCCAACUGAAAAGACUGUCUUCAUUAUCUUUAUGUUAGCUGUGGCCUGUGUCUCACUCUUCCUUAACUUUGUAGAGAUCAGCCACUUGGGCCUCAAGAAGAUUCACUUUGCAUUUCGCAAACCAGCCCAGCCCCAAAUUGAGGGAUCUGGUGCAGGUGAGAAGCCUUCCAUAGCUGUGUCCUCUAUUCAGAAAGCCAAAGGCUACAAGUUACUGGACGAGGACAAAACAGUUUCACACUUCUUUCCCCUGACUGAGGUGGCUGGCAUGGAGGCUGGGUGUGUGCCCACAUCCUAUAAACCAUUUGGGGGAAAAACAGAUGGAGCGACAGCGCCACGGGGAGACAUGUCGAAGAUGUAUGAGGAGACCUUGCCCUCUUAUGUCCAGACUACCAUGGUGGGGCUCAAAGGAGCUACUGGCGUUAUUCGGGUGGACGAGGAUGAAAUGCCUGGAGAAGAAGACGUGGAAGCCAGCGAGACAAUAGAGGACAACAGACCCCUCAGUAGCCUGAGCAAGGCCAGCAGCCGGGCGAGGUCAGAUGACUUGACAGUAUAAAAUUAGAUUAAAAUUCAACAACAUGAAAAUGUAAUCCUACUGAAGAAAGAUUUAAAAGGUCUUAAGGCAGUUGUAAUGACACAUGUAAACAUCUUUCUAUUUAAACAUGCCAUGCAAUUUUUCCCCAAGAAUACCUGAGUUCGUUAAUUUUGUACUGUCUUUAUCAAAUGAAUUGGAAACAACUAACUAACUUACCAGAAGAAAGAUUCUCAGUAGGAUUCAUACGGUGAUGAGCAAUAAGGCAUGUUAUAUAUUAGCAAAAAAAAGUUGGUUUUUUAAAAACCAUAUUUUCUAUCCAGAAUUUUAAUUUUACAUUCUAAUCCAAGUAGCCAAAUUCUAAUGUUUACAUUUUUUCCAUUAGCCAUUUAGUUCAAUGUUGUAUGUAUGUUUUAUUACUAUUGUUUUGGGAUUUCGGCAGAUUAUUUCUGCAAUGCUGUCAGGGUAACAUCAUUUUCACCUCAAUAACUCAUCCAAAUACAAGUACAACAACUGAUCAGUAAUGGUUUCACUCUGUGUGUGUAUUGUCCUUUCUGUAAUAUCCA